AUGGCAAGAGAGCUGGGUGCACAUCUGGUUUAUGAGAACAAGAUGACCUCUUCCUAUGAGGUUGGGAUGGGGCCCCUUGGAGCCAUCACAAGAGACAGCUACUAUGAGCUCUACUUCCAGUGUGGAUAUUAUGCCAUGAGCAUUGGGGCGCUGACCAUUCGGCAUUAUGCCAACGAUCCUCCUCUACCUGUAGUUGCUCCUGGACCCCUCAGGGUAGAACUAAGAAUAGGAAAUGGUCAGUGUGCCACAAAGGGGUGUGUGGAAGUACAGGCAGCCUACACUUCCUACUACAAGGACACAGAUUACCCUGUAGUUAAGGUGCUGAGGGAGCCGGUCUAUGUGGAAGUGCGCAUCCUGGAGAGGUCUGACCCAAAUAUUGUCCUGACUCUGGGACACUGCUGGGCAACCUCUUCCCCUAACCCCUUCAGCGUUCCCCAGUGGGACCUUCUAGUGAAUGGGUGCCCCUACAAGGAUGACCGCUACCUGACUACUCUGGUUCCAGUUGAGAGGUCUCCUGCGGUUCCGUUCCCUACCCAUUACAAGCGCUUUGUCCUCAAGAUGUUCGCCUUUGUGGAUACUACCUCUAUGGCUCCUUUGCACAACCAGGUCUACAUCCACUGCAGUACAGCUGUGUGCCAUCCAAGUGCAACAGAGACCUGUGAACCAAGCUGCAGCAGACAAAGGAGACAUGUACCAGAAGAAAGGGAGGCUCCUCCUGAAUCAGCUGUGGUGUCCAGUGGGGGAGUUGUCUUUAUAGAAAUGGCCUAAAGCCUAACUGGCUUCAAAUCCUAAUGGAAUAAAAGACUUCUCAAGUGACUUGUGGAGUCUUUGCUGUACUCUGCUAGCUUCCCUACUUCCUUCUGUAGGGGGUGUGUACCUAGUUGACCCUUAAUUGGCAGAAUGACCAGCUCAAGGUAUUCUUUCUUAGGAGUGCUUCUCAUGAAAACGAUGAGGUUGUUUACCUCCCAGGGACUUUGCAGUCCUGCUGUUGGGUCUCUCAG